GCUACCAACACUGCCAAUAAUGCCGAAAAAAGUAAACCCGCGAAAGGUUCCGAUGAUAGCAAAGAUCGUGAUACGGUGGACCAAUCGGCUAGGAAACAGAAAGAGAAAAAGAAAAAGAAAGACAAUUUAACAUCAGAAUCAUUAGGUUCGGGUAGAAAGCAGACUGACAUGGUGGCUGAAACAAAGAAUGAGGAUUCAAAGGCGGAGGAGAAUGGAGUUAGAGACUCUGAGAAAUCUUCUAAGAAAAGGAAAAGAAAAGAUUCCGAGGAAAAAGAAAAUCAGGUUAUUCAAGACGGAGGAGUAGAGGAAUCGAAGCCUAAGAAUCUUCCUGGUACAGAGGAAGGCAAAGAGAAGGAAACUCAUCAAGGGGCUGCCCGGGAUAUUUCUGAUAAAGGAACCAAUGGAAGUGCUGAAGCUACUCUUAAUAAUAAGGGAGUCGAUAAAAGUGAGUCAAAAUCUGCAAAGAAACAGCGCAAGGAUUCUGACGAGCCAAAAUCAGUAAAUGCCUUUCAAAGAGUCAAAAUCGAUGAAGUAAAAUUUGCUGAUGAGAGGCUUCAAGAUAAUUCUUACUGGGCAAAGGAUGGUGCGGAGAUCGGUUAUGGUGCAAAAGCGCAAGAAGUUCUCGGACAAGUCAAAGGAAGGGAUUUCCGGCAUGAGAAAACCAAGAAAAAGCGCGGUAGCUAUAGAGGAGGACAAAUCGACCUGCAAUCGCAUUCGAUAAAGUUCAAUUAUUCGGAGGAGGAGGAGGAAGACUGAGGCAAGGAUGGCUUCCUUCGAGGUGAUUAUGAUCAAAUCUUGUUGCAAUUUUGUAGUGAAUUAUGGUGAUAAUUGAAACAAAGAUGUGUGUGAUUUUUACUUGUUUAAAACCAUAAAUUGUCAAAUUAUUAUUUAUAUCGUAAUGGUUGGUUUCCUCA